AUGUCAGACUUAAUUGGUGAAAAUCAUAAAGUUUCAUCUCUUUCCAAAGAUAUUGAUUCACUAUUAGAUGAAUGUGAUACACCAUCAUCAUCUAUUGAUGAUCUUUUAUUUGAUAUUCCAACAUUAACAUCACUUCCUAGUCUUGAUAGUAUUCUUAAUGAACAAGAUCCAGCAUUAGAUACUAUAUCUUUAUCGUCAUCAACACAAAAUCAAACUCUUCAACAAUAUGAUGAAAAUUCUACACAUAAUUUAUCACAUCUUCAUUCACCUCAACCAUCAUCAAUAUCAUUUGAUUCUAUAUUUGAUCUACAGAAUCAACCACUUGAUAAUUAUAUACUUAAAAUUCAUCAUCAACAACAAGAUGCAGCAAGUACCGAUGAAUCAUCUGUUGAAAUUCCUAAACAUAAACAAAUUCAUCAUGGUUCAUUAUUAAAAAUUAAUGAAUUACAUAUUAUAUCAAAUCAAUUAGCACUUUGUAUUGAACGUACAAAUUAUGGUAAUCCAACAACUAUUGAUAUUCUUGUCAAUCGUUUAAUUGCUAUUGGUACAACAAAAAGUGUCAUACUUUUAUUUGAACAACGUACACAAACAUUAAAACAUUGUUUAAAUAGUGAUAUAUCAAAUGGAGCUGUAUCAGCAUUAAAUUUUAAUAGUGAUGCAACACGUUUAUUAGUUGGUUAUGCACGUGGACGUAUACAAAUGUAUGAUUGUACAAAUGGUAAACUUUUACGCAAUAUAAGUAGUGAUAUUCAUGCACCUGAUACAGCAAUAUUAACUAUAAAAUUUACUCAUGAUCCAACAGCAGCUUUAUUUAGUGAUAGUGGUGGAAGUGUUUAUGUUUUACAAUUUACACGACAUAUAAAACGUGAUUAUCAAUCAAAAUGUCUUUUUUCUGGUAGUCGUGGUGAAGUAUGUACAAUUGAACCACUGUUAUUCUAUCAUCAACAAGAUUUAUUAACAACAAAUACAAAUGAAAAAUUAGAACAACAUCCAUUAAAAUCUAUGUAUAUAGUUGCAUUAGCUACAUUUACAAAAGUUUUCUUAUUAGCAUUAAAAUCACAAAAUAAUGUCAAAAUUUUACAUGUACAACGUUUAGUUGGCAGUAGUACAACAUUACCAAUACUUAAAUGGCAAUUUAUUAUUGUUAAAAUUAGUGAUGAAAUUAAUUGUAUUAAUCCAGUUCUUGCAGCGGCUAGAGAUAGACAAUGUACAUUUUUUCAAAUACAACAUGUACGCGAUGAUGAAAUACAUAUAACUCAAUUGAAACAGAUUACAGUUGAAUAUAAUAUUAAAUCAUUCUGUUGGUUAAAUGCAAGAACUUUUAUAUUAUUCGAUAUGUCAGAACGUGCACAUGUUAUUGAUCAACGUUCUGAAGAACAAUUAGAAUGUUUAUCUUUAUCUUAUUGUGAACUUAUUUAUAAUACAAUAUUUUUUAAAUCAGUAGCAACUGGUGGUAAUGUUUCAUCUGCAUUAGCAUUAGCUGGUCAAAAUGCUUGUUAUCAAACAUUAAUAUCAAAUCAAGGUUGUAUUUUUUUACUUGGUGUUCAUACAUUAUACGAAAUUCAUUUACGUGAUUGGUCUGAACGUAUUGAUUAUUAUAUUGAAAAUGGUAGAAAUCAAUAUGAACAAGCUUUAGAACUUGCCUAUUCAAUGUUAGUUGGAAAAGCAAAAGGAUUAACUGGUUUACCAAUUGAUCCAAUAAAACGUCGUCAAUGUAUAUCUGAUCGAAUGGUAUCAUUACUUCAUUCUUAUUUAAAAUAUUCACUUAAUUAUGAAUGUCCACAAUCUGGUAAAAUUGAAUUACUUAAACAACAUUAUCGAAAUGUUUUACCACGUUCAAUUGAUUAUUGUUUAUUAAUUGAUCGUUUAGAUUUAUUAUUUGGUCUUAUUUAUGAUCUUUUUUCAAAAGAUUCAAUAGCACAUGGAAUUUAUUUACAAUGUUUAGAACCAUAUAUAUUAACAAAUCGUUUUGAUACAAUAUCACCAAUUGUUUUAAAAGAUUUUAUUAAUUAUUAUAUUGAAAAUAAUCAUUUAAAUCAAUUAGAAAAUUGUUUAAAUCGUCUUGAUGUAUCAUGUCUUGAUUUAGAUCAAGUUAUACAAUUAACAAGAAAACAUGAACUUUAUAUGACAUUAUUACAUAUAUAUAGUGAAGCAUUUAAAGAUUUUACAACGAUUUUAAAAGAAAUUAUUGAAAAACUUGAAGAUGAUUAUAAUCAACAUAAUGGUACUCAUUUCAGUCAAAAAAUGACUUUAAUCGGUAAUCAAGCUCUUGUUUUUAUUCAGACAACAUUAGUUGGUGAUAUAUAUCCAUAUGGCGGACGUCUUUCAUCGGAUUUAGCUAAUUUUGGACGUAAUCAAAUUAUUGAUUUUCUUUCCUAUUUACAUCCACGUCGUACAGGUGGUUUAUUAUAUACAAAUUUACGAGCAUUUCUUCAUUUCAAUACGCGAGAUUUCUUUAAUUUAUUAACUAUGGCAUUUGAUAAUGAAGAAUUUUUACAUGAUGUUGAUACAGUAAAACGUCGAGCGUUUUGUGAUAUAUUACUUCGUGUUAUGACAAUUAGCGAAAGUUGGUCAACAACAUGUAUUUGUUCAAGGAAUGUUAUUUGA